AUGGAGGGCUACGAGCGCACGCCGGUCGUGAAUUUGACCCACGGCGACUUCGACCUGGGCGACAUCGCGCACGAGAGCGCGCGCGGCUGCCUGCGAAACGGCACCGUGCGCCUGCCGGGCGCAAACGGCGGCGCCGAGGAGUGCCUCGUGCGCGUCGUGAGCAAGCGGCGCCAGCGGCACAGCUGCGACUGGCUCGUGCGCCAAAAGGCCGCGCUGCUACAGUUCGGCCACCCGUUCCUGCUGUGCUUGCUGGGCACGUUCCAGGACGACCGCAACCUCUUCGGCGUCUUCGAGCCCUGCGCCGGCGGCGAGCUUUUUAGUUGGCUGCGCAAGGGCGAGGUGCCCUGGGCCGUCGCGUCGUUCUACGGCGCGGAGGUCGCCGCGGCGCUGGACCACGUGCACCUCUGUAAACUCCGCGAGCGGAGCCGGGGCACGGUGCUGCGCAGCGUCGCGCCGGAGUGCGUCUGGCUCGACCGGUUGGGCCACGUGAAGCUGCGGGAUUUCGAUCAUAUUGGUAUUCUCGACGAGGACGGGCGCUGCAGUACGAUCUGCGGGCUGCUGGACUACGCGGCGCCGGAGCUGCUGCGACGGGGCGACCACGGCGCGCCAGUCGACUGGUGGGGCUUGGGCGUGCUGCUCUACGAGAUCUGCGUCGGCGAGCCGCCCUUUUUUGGCGACGACGCCGUCGAGUCCUUCAAGCUGGCGCUGCACGCGAACCCUUCCUGGACGACGCGCGUCGCGAACAGGGCAGGAAAAGGGUGA